UCUCUCUCUCUCUCUCUCUCUCCAUUUUUUAGGGUUUUAGGGUUUUUCAUCUUCUCUUUCUCUCCAUUUCUGCUGCAAUGAAGAGCACUUCGAAUCACAGGAACGGAAUCCCGCGAGGAAUUUCGACCUCUGAAAACCCUCAUUCCCCAAACCCUUCUUCUCAGAAGCAUCAGAGAUCUUCCCGCCGAAUGAGAUCUGGAUUUGAAAAUGUCGAUCCAAACACGAUCGCAGAUCCUUCACUCCUGUCGCCUUCUCCCGCAUCGAAAUUGUCCUCUGCAGCAAAGAUCAGAAGUCCACUCCCGCCGCGGCCACCGCCAAAUCCUCUCAAACGGAAAUUGAUUGCUGAAACCGCAGUUGACAAUGGAACCCUAGCACCUGCUGAUUCCGGCGUGCAGGUAAUAGUCCGAAUGCGGCCUCCAAAAGAGGAAGAGGAAGAAGGGGGACAGAUAGUAAAGAAGACUUCCACUAAUUCCUUGUCCAUCCUUGAUCAUGUGUUCACAUUUGAUUCUGUUGCUGACACAGAUUCAAGCCAGCAAGAUAUAUUCGAGCUUGUAGGCUUGCCAUUGGUUGAGAACUGUUUGGCUGGGUUUAACAGUUCCAUAUUUGCAUAUGGACAGACUGGUAGCGGAAAGACAUAUACCAUGUGGGGACCACCAAAUGCCUUGGUUGAAGAUAAUCCGUCGAGUAAUCAUCAAAAGGGUUUAACUCCCCGUGUCUUCGAGCGACUUUUUGUGCGAAUAACUGAAGAGCAAGAUAAGCAAACUGACAAACAGUUGAAUUAUCAAUGCCGCUGUUCAUUUUUGGAGAUUUAUAAUGAACAAAUCACUGACUUAUUGGAUCCAAAUCAAAGGAACCUUCAGAUUAGAGAAGAUGUCAAGUGUGGUGUGUAUGUAGACAAUUUGACUGAGGAGUAUGUCUGUACAAUGAAGGACAUAAGGCAACUUCUAAUAAAGGGGUUGGCAAAUAGGAAAAUUGGCUCUACGAGCAUAAAUGCAGAGAGUUCGCGCUCACAUAGUGUCUUUACUUGUGUUAUCGAAUCUCGUUGCAAGAGCACAGCAAAUGGACUAAGCAGUUUGAGGACCAGCAGAAUCAAUCUGGUUGAUCUUGCUGGAUCAGAAAGACAGAAAUUGACAGAUGCAACAGGAGAUCGUUUGAAGGAAGCAGGGAAUAUUAAUCGUUCCCUUUCUCAGCUUGGGAACGUGAUAAAUAUUCUUGCAGAAGUUUCCCAAUCAGGAAAGCAAAGGCACAUUCCAUAUAGAGAUUCCAGGUUGACAUUCUUAUUACAGGAAUCUUUGGGUGGCAAUGCAAAAUUGGCAAUGAUUUGUGCAAUUUCGCCAGCACAAAGCUGUAAGAGGGAAGCAUUCAGCACUUUGAGAUUUGCACAGUGUGCAAAGGCCAUAAAGAACAAAGCGGUUGUGAAUGAAGUCACCCAGGAUGAUGUGAAAGCCAUGAGGGAACUCAUACGCCAACUGAAGGAUGAGCUUCAACGAAUAAAGUCCAAUGGUGCUUAUUCAACUGGAUGGGAUGCACGUAGAAGCUUGAAUCUUUUGAGGUUAAGCCUCAAUCAUCCAGCAACAUUGCCUCGUGUGGAAGAUGACAGUGAUGAGGAGAUGGAAAUUGAUGAGGAAGAUGUUGAGAAGCUUUGUCUUCAAGUAGGUCUGCAAUCAGCUACCUUCAGAGAACAUGUUCACAAUGUGGACAAGCUACCUGUCCAGUCAGAAGGUAUAGCCUGUGAAGGAUUGAAAGCUUCAAAGGAGGACUUUUCUAUAAUUGGUUGUGUCAGCAAGCAAGACAUCGAGGAGGCUGAUGUCAAUAUGGAAGACUGUCAAUCAGAAAUGGCAUCUGACGAAGUCAAUGAGCACGAAGUGGCUGUUGCAAAUGUCCCAGUUUUACCCAGCCGUGACAUGCUAAAUGGUCAUGAAGGUAAUAAUGAUGAAAAGCACACGGUCCAUACAACAACUGAUUUACUUAACUGUAGUUCUGCGGGAGAUCCAAUUGAGGAAAAGCUUUUGAUGUCCCCAGACUGUAAGUUGUUUAAUGGAGGAUCACUUGAUGAGCCUGUGGAAGAAAAAGGCUCCACAUGUGUGGAGACUUUGGAGGAAAAGGUCUUUGCUCAGGUAGACUCUAAACCAACAGUUGGAGAUUCUCCGGAUAUACUUGCAGAUCUACCUCAAAAUUCUCCCAAUAGCCUUAGCAUUGUGCCAUGUGAUUCAUCACCAGUCCUGCGAUCUCCAACAUUAAGUGCCUCACCCAGAGUUGAUAACAACAGCACGAAAAGUCUUAGGACAUCAUUGACAUUAACAGCAUCUGGGAGAGAUGUAGCAGACGACAUUAAGUCAUCGACAUUAACAGCAAGAAAGAAGCCAUCUCUUGCACGGUCACUGAGAAAUAGUUCUUCCAGUGCUCUCUCCUCUAAAGCAAUUAUGAAUUCCCUUGCGCCAACCACAAACCUGGCAGCUAGCCUUCAUCGUGGUCUUCAAAUUGUCGACAGUCACAAGCAGAGUUUGGGUUUGAGGCAAUCUUCAUUCAGGUUUCCGUUUAAACCUCUGGAUCUCAAUCCAUUUUUGUCAGUCGAAAAGGUUGAUGUGGGCGUUCAAACUUUUCUGGAAGAGCCAGAAAUGCUGGAAGAUGUAUCAGAAUUCGUGUGCAGUUAUUGCAAGACAAGAACACUUCAGCUUGAAUGCAACAAAGAGGCUAACGAUACUACCGAACUGCAGUUAGUACCUGUCGAGGAAUCACAGGUUACAGAAAAAUCCAAGAAGCAAGUACCAAAAGCAGUGGAGAAGGUCUUGGCAGGAGCCAUCAGGAGAGAAAUGGCACUUGAUGAAUAUUGUGCCAAGCAAGCUGCGGAAAUUACACAACUCAACCGUUUGGUCCAACAAUACAAGCACGAACGUGAAUGCAAUGCAAUAAUUGAACAGACACGAGAGGAUAAAAUCCAUCGUCUCGAGGCCCUUAUGGAUGGUGUUUUACCCACAGAGGAUUUCAUGGAGGAAGAGUUUAUGUCUCUUGCAAAUGAGCACAAGCUUCUGAGAGAGAAAUAUGAGAACCAUCCUGAGGUACUGAGGACAAAAAUCGAGUUAAAAAGAGUUCAAGACGAGCUGGAUGGGUAUCGAAACUUCUUUGAUAUGGGCGAGAGGGAUGUCUUAAUGGAAGAAAUUCAGCAUUUGAGAAGCCAGUUGCAGUAUUACAUAGACUCUUCAGUUUCACCCAUGCCACCUCGAAAACGGAGUCCUUUGCUUCAGUUGACGUAUCCAAGCGAAACCAUUCCAGCUCCUCUUGGUAUGAUCCCAGAAUCUACUGAAGAAACCCAGGAAUCUACUGAAGAAACUGCUGAGGAUAAAUUUGAACAGGAGAGGCGUCAUUGGACUGAGACAGAGAGCAAAUGGAUAUCUCUUUCUGAAGAACUGAGGCUUGAGCUGGAUGCAAGCAAAUCUCUUGCGAGAAAACAGAAGCAAGAGCUUGACUCUGAGAAGAAAUGCUCAGAGGAGCUGAAAGAGGCACUACAAAUGGCAAUGCAGAGUCAUGCUCGCAUUCUUGAGCAGUAUGCAGAUCUUCAGGAGAAGCACAUUGCUUUGCUUGCAAGGCAUCGGAAGAUUACAGAUGGGAUAGAAGAUGUAAAACGAGCAGCUGCAAAAGCAGGAGUCAAGGGUGCUGAAUCUAGGUUCAUUAAUUCCCUUGCUGCUGAAAUUUCAGCUCUGAAAGUGGAAAGAGAGAAGGAGAGGCGGUACUUCAGAGACGAAAACAGAGGACUUCAAUCUCAACUGAGGGAUACUGCUGAAGCUGUACAGGCUGCUGGCGAACUGCUUGUGCGCCUUAAAGAAGCAGAGGAAGCUGCUGCAGUCGGGCAAAAGCGGGCCACAUUGGCAGAGCAAGUGGCUGAAAAAGCUCACCAAGAAAUUGUUGAGUUGAAGAAGAAGCAUGAAAGAGAGAUCAGCACUCUGAACCAGUUCCUGGCAGAGUCUCGUCUGCCCAAGGAAGCGCUGAGACACACGCAUGAUGAUGCCAAUGUGCCCACCAGAUAUGAUGGAGGGGAGAGUGAUGAACGGUGGAGACAAGAGUUUGAGCCGUUCUAUGAUGGAGGAGACAGCGAGUUCUCAAGAAUAGCUGAGCCUUCGUCAUGGUUUACCGGGUAUGAUAAGUGCAACAUUUAGAAACUGUUACUGGCGGCGGGCACAGCGAUGUAUGUAUGUAUAAUCGACAUCUUUUUUACAACUCGACAGAUGCAGGAUCUCUUGCUGAUUGCAAGGCCUGAUCGAAAGGUCUUUCAGCAGCUGAAAAACGGGUGGCUCCUGAUGCCAUAUGCUUUGGGGCUGAGAACUUGGGUUGUUAUAUGUAUGUAUUUCUAGUGUGGGUUUUUUGAGGUUUAAUGGAACGAAAUAACGAAUGAUUGAAGUAUUAUGGUGUUUGAUUUCCGCCUAUAAUCUUCAUCGGCAAGCAGCAGCUGAAAAACAGGCGGCUCCUGAGAAAAAAAAAAAAGAGCUCCUUGUUAAUCGGUUCUCAUUUCUCACUUCUCUCGGCCAUUGUGUGGACUAUGACUGAAAGGUCUUUGAGCAGCUCAGAAAACGAACGACUCCUGAUCCAUGCUUCAGAGCUGAAUUUUUGUUAUAUGUAUUUGUAAUGCACGUUUAUAGUGCUGUUUGGUGGAAUGAUGAAAUAACAAAAAUGAUUGUGUUAUAGAGACUGAUUUAUCAU